GACCCCCCUAUAGAGGCUUCGCGACCCCCCAGGGGGUAGCGACCCACAGGUUGAAAAACACUGUUUUAACGCAUCAUCAUGCCUACCCUUUACAUUUGCUAUAAAUCUGUUUAAAUAAUUAUUACUACAUAAUUCUAAAGUUUAAGGCUCAGUCUGCAGAAGUGCGUCAGUGCAUGCGAAUAGAAUCGCUAAAUUAACUUGUUUGAUCACUCACUAUCAGAAUGGAGCCACUCACUUAUGGUCAUGGCCAUAAAGAUACACAAAAAUAAAGCCGUCUCCAUAAUUAUAACGUUAUUAGCUAUGUGCGCCGAGCAAAAUAAUUUUGCUUUAUCACGAACUAUGUAUAGAGUGUGAUUUCUUUGCCUACUGAUAAAAAGAAAGUGGAUGAUAUGUCAAUUUUUUUGACAAAUUACCAAAUGCCAACCACAGAUGAGAGAGAGUAAUGCCAACUAACCACAAAGUUUUACUCAACAAUUCUAAUUUUGCACAAAAACUUUGCAUUUGUACAGUUUUGUUUAUUUAACAUAAUAGUUAAUAGUGCAAGUUUCGCACAAAACAAACUAUGACAUAUUCUCGGUGAAAAAGCAUUUUAUGAGUCACCUAACGCAGUUAAAUGAUGACCGAUUAUUAUUCUACUCAAUCGUAUUUUUAAUCUAAAAAAACUAAUAAAAUGUCUGAAAGAAAAGGAACUAAAGCUUUAGAACUGUGGUGUAAGCGUCUAGUGCGGGAUUGUCCAAAUGUUCAAAUAGAUAAUAUGACCACAUCGUGGAGGAAUGGCAUUGCAUUUUGUGCAUUAGUCCACCACUUUCGUCCUGACCUAAUUGAUAUGUCAUCAUUAAAACCAGAAAAUAUCUAUGAAAAUAAUCAGUUGGCAUUUAAUGUGGCUGAGAAACAUUUGGGUAUCCCUGCUUUGCUUGAUCCCGAAGAUAUGGUUGAGAAUGAUGUCCCAGACAGGUUAUCAAUACUGACUUAUUUGUCUCAAUUUUAUCAGAGAUUAGGCCACACAGUAAAUACAAAGGCAUCAUCUGAAGUUGAACCUAAAUCAUCUUCAGCUUCAAACUCAACUCCACUCAAAUUUGGCAAAUCUGGACUUGACAAAUGUGCUGCAUGCGGCCUGCCUGUCUAUCUGGCACAACGCCUUAUAGUAUCACACAAACUCUACCAUAGAAGAUGUUUUCGAUGUUCCAAAUGCUCUGGGCACCUCAACCCAAAGAACUUUGAGAUCACUGAUGGAUCUGAAUUUACUUGUGAUAGCUGUAAAAAUGAAAAGACAUUGUCUAAAUUCUUCAAUAAUAAUGACCACGAUCAAAUGGGAAUGCUUGCAUUUAGUGAUGACUUAAGGAAAACCCCGGAGGUUCCUAAAGAGGAGUCAAUUAAUGUUAAAAUUAAGACAAGACCUUUGUCAAUUUUAGAAAAAAUAAACAUGUUCGAGAAAAACUCAGAAAAAGAUGUAGUUACAGAUAAAAUAGCAAAUAUUUCUUUAAAAGAUAACACAAUUAGUAAACCUAGAGAAUUAAGUGCACCAACUAUAGUUAGUCUUGCUAAAGAGUCAAGUGGUGAAGGGCACUCUCAAACAGAAGCUGAUUCAAAACAAACUCAAGAAAACAUAGCUAUUGUCGAACACCGGCAUUCAUUACCAGACUUGCCAACUAAAGUGUACAAAAGUAACGUCAACAAAUUUAACUUCUUACAAACACAAUUGGCAGAUGAUAAACUAGAUGACAAAACCACCCCAGAAAACUUAGACACACCUAAACAAGAUCAAAAUAUUGAAAGUAUUAGUAGUAACAUAGUUAAAAAUGAAAUCUCUGAAAAAGAAACAAACAGUAAUUUGAGUAUAAAUAAAGAAGAGAGUAACAUAACUGAUGACAUCAGAUUAGGUAUAGGACACAACUCAUCAAAUCCAGACAAUACUCGAUUAGAAAAUAAUGAAGUAGUUAAAAAUGAACUAGAACAGGAAGUAAGUAUAAGUGUGCCUCCAAGACGGAAGAAGCAAUUGUCAUCUCCUGAUAGGGUCGUUCCGAAAAUAGUUGAAAAAGAAGAUAAGAAACCUGAUGUAAAGAUGUAUCCUGAUCACUUAAAUCCAUUUUCAGAUGAUGAAGAAGAUGAGGAUGAAGUUAAAGAGCUAUCUAAAAAAGCAAGCACCAAUCCAUUUGGCAGUGAUGAUGAAGAUGAUGAUGUUCCGCCCAUAACAAAUCAGCCUAAAGCAUCAAGUAAUGAAAAUCAAGCAACACCUGUAAAACGGCUAAUAAAAGCUUACAAUCCAUUCUGGUCUGAUGGUGAAGAGCCAUCAACUGAUGAUGAAGAGCCUCAUGAACAAAGGUGAAUCUUUUAAUUUUUUUUUAUUAUGAUAGAAUAUUUUGAGUGUAAAACAGGUCUAAAUAUGCCUACCAUUAAAUUAAUAUAAAAAGUUAUAUCUAUGGUUGACAUACAUUUACUAUAAUCUAGCCUAAAUACUCAAUACCUACCUACUAACAUGUGACUUGCAAAAACAUUUUAAAAUUUCACUUUGCAUGAUGAGUCAUCUUGUUAAAAUAACAUUUUUCAGCCAUAAUAGUGCAGGAAACAACGCGGCGGUGUCACGUAGAACAUAUCCAUAUAGCCCGUGAACAUUGAGAAAAUAACUUUCACAAUGCUUCAAGUACUAUUGUAUUCGUAUUGCAUAAAUGUUUUAUGUAAUAUUCCUAGGCAACUGUUAACGAUGGCCACCAGUAGUAGGUAUAGUAGCCGAUAGAUUUACGUAAGAUACUUAUUUUUACUUGCAAUUAAACUGAUUUACAUAUCUUCCCUACUAUAUUUACUUUUGAUUAUAAUGUGUAUCUGAU